CACCUCAUUUCAAACCAAAACACGAAUCCCCCUUUUCAGACUCUCUCCUCUCUUUCUUCACUUUUCAAAACCCAAAACAAAAUGCAGACUACUUCAAAAGCGCAAGCGGUUCUUUUACUGGCGGUGCUGCUCUCCGCCGCCGUCCAAAUCUCCUCCGCCCUCACCGACGGACUACUAGUGAACGGGAACUUCGAAGCUCCGGUGAAGAAAACGGACCUAAACGGCACAAUCGUGACCCGGCACGACGCCGUUCCGGGAUGGACCGUGACGGGGUUCGUGGAGUACAUACAGGCGGGGCAGAAGCAAGGCGACAUGCAACUGGUGGUGCCGGAGGGGUUCGCCGCCGUGCGGCUGGGCAACGAGGCGUCCAUCAAGCAAACGCUCAACGUCUCCAAAGGGAUGUACUACUCCAUCACGUUCUGCGCCGCCCGGACCUGCGCCCAGGAGGAGCGGCUCAACAUCACGGUGGCGCCGGACUCCGGCGUGCUGCCCAUCCAAACGCUGUACAGUAUCAACGGCUGGGAUUGCUACGCGUGGGCGUUCCAGGCUGAGAAUCCCCAAGCGGAGAUCAUAAUUCAUAACCCCGGCGUGGAGGAGGACCCGGCUUGCGGUCCGCUCAUCGAUUCCGUCGCCAUCCGAACAUUGUAUCCUCCCAGACCUACCAACGUGAACUUGUUAAAAAAUUGGGAUUUUGAGGAGGGCCCAUACGUGUUCCCCAAGGUAGACACCGGCGUUCUUUGCCCGCCGUUCACGGAGGACGACCACUCCCCGCUUCCGGCCUGGACGGUGGAGUCUCUGAAAGCCGUGAAGUACAUAGACGCGGAGCACUUCAGCGUGCCCCACGGCCGGAGGGCGGUGGAGCUGGUGGCCGGGAAAGAGAGCGCCGUCACCCAGAUCGCCCGCACCGUCGCCGGCAAGUUCUACGACCUCACCUUCCUAGUCGGCGACGCCAGCAACAAGUGCGAGGGGUCUAUGGUGCUCGAGGCCUUCGCCGGACCCUCCACCCUCAAGGUCCCCUACGAGUCCAAGGGCCAAGGCGGCUAUAAACCGGCCAAGCUCCGGUUCAGGGCCACCGCGAACCGGACCCGGGUCAUGUUCUUCAGCACGUAUUAUCACACCAGGAGCGACGAUUUCGUCUCGCUCUGUGGCCCCGUCGUCGACUUCGUGAAGCUCGUCAGCGUUCGCAACCCUCACCGGAGACUCGCCUGAAAUUAGACGGCGGCGGUGGCGGCAUCAAGUUAAGUGCGUACGAGGUUGUUGUAUGAUUGUUUGAUUAUACUAAGGAGAUUUUUGUUGGUAGUAUGAAGUGAUGACGAGGAGAAUUAUAUAUAUGUACCUUCAAGAAGCUAAGCCUAAGCAUGCAUGUUACAUUGCAUACUUUGAUAAUCUCUCUAUAUAUAAUAUAAUUAAGCUAUUGAAAGUUGAAAAGAUAUAUAUGUAUAUUGUGUUUGUUGCUCAGUGCUUUAUUAUGUAAUCCAACACAAUAAUGCAGAAAAUUCAUGAUAUAAUUAA